AUGUCCGAUGAUUGCACUGAAGAAGGCUGGCACGAAGCGGGGCAGGGGUCUGGAUGGAACCAAGAUGAAGUUCCUGAUAUGAACUACGAUCUUAACUGGUCACAACCCUCAACUGGUGCCUACAAUACUCCAACUAUGGGCUAUGGAGAAGCAUCUCAGCAGCAGCAGGGAAAUUUCCUUUCACAACAGCUGCAACAGUUUGACACAUUCCAGACGUCAUCUCUUGCUUCUGGGAGCCCUGCUGCGUAUGGUUUAGCUGCCCCUCCAGGUACCCAUCUCUCCCGUGGAUCAUCAGCGCAUUCUGGAAACCGUCUUCAUGGCACCAGGCAGCCCACUGAGGACGUCGCAAGUCCGGGACUACCAGUCAUGGAGGAGGAGUUAAAUUACCCACAAAUGGAUUUGAUAGAGGGUGAGGCUCCUUAUGGAUUUCCAGACAGUUGGAUUCCCAACACCGCCUUCGCGAAAACUCGAUGGGUGCAUAUGCCAAAGGCUGGGGAGCCUGAUUACGGCUACUCGCCCGUGACGAAAAACCUUAUGAAAGAGUUCUGGCAAGCUGCUACUGCUGACGAAGAAGAGUCAUUGAUCUGUAGAAGAUGGGAUCAUGUUGACUUCUUUCGGCUUGUAUAUCUCACUGUAACCUUGGUACGGAAUGUCAGCAUGAACACUGUCUCCGAUGAAGACGAAGGUAUGCUAGAGAGGAUAGCGACAAUAUUCAACAUGGCUAGCCCUCGGACUCACAAUAGACCGCCAGGCUUUUUUAGAACCCUCGAUAAUCGACAUAAGCUGGUAGAUGUUCCGAUAUUGAGACAAUUAUUCCAGAUUCUCAACAACCAAAACAAUCCAAACCGCAAUGAUCCUUUGAUAAGAGUUAUGGCGUGGUCUACGAGAAGAGGAGUCUCCAUGAUCACUCCCAAGAGAGUUCUGAAUGGCAUACCAGAGGCAAUCUAUGCAUACUUUAAUAUGACAUUUCAGCAGUGUAACGCACAAAAAUCGUACUUUCGCUUCGACUCGAGUCAUUAUUUGAUGGCCUUCCAGCACUAUGACGGAGAUUCAAAUUGGAGGCUACUGGGACCUUCGGGUGUAGACCCUAAACCGGUUCCCGGUGGCUCAAUUCCUGGCCCCUUGUCAUCUGAGAGUCCAGGGCCUCAACCUCGACAUGCUUACAGCUCGCAGUCGCAGCAGCUAGAAGAUACCCAUCGGGCACCAACCGGUUCUGGGAAAGGUAAGAAACGUGCCACAAGUGAUAAUUCAUCAUCCAGCUCUUCUAGAAGAUUGCACAAAAGGCAUACCGAGUAUCGUAACUAA